AAAGGGCCCCGUGGAGCAGCUCGGGCAGCUCCAUCUUCACUCGGGGAAACUUGUUGGAUUUAGGGGUAGGAGGAGGAGCGGCUGCCAGCAAUGACGAUACGCCGAACACCGUUUUCAGCAGGCUGGGUGAAGGCGUCCCGGAAGCAGAAUGAGAGGAUGGCCGGCCUGCCGCACAUCCCGGGCCCCGAGAACCUCCGCCCCUUCACCCCUGCCUCGCUGGCUGCCAUCGAGCAGCGCAUCGCCGAGGCAGAGGCGCUCAAGAUAAAGAGGCAGCAAAUUGAGCUGCCCGAGGAAGAGGAGAUCAAGCCCAGCAGCGACCUGGAAGCCGGCAAGAACCUGCCCCUCAUCUAUGGUGACCCACCGCUGGAGCUCAUCGGGACCCCUCUGGAGGACCUGGACCCUUUCUACAAGGAUAAGAAGACAUUCAUAGUCCUCAACAAAGGGAAGUCCAUCUUCCGCUUCUCGGCAACCCCUGCCCUCUACAUGCUGGGGCCCUUCCACCCCAUCCGCAGAGGAGCCAUCAAAGUGCUUAUCCAUUCAUUAUUCAGCAUGUUCAUCAUGAUCACGAUUUUAACCAACUGUGUGUUUAUGACGCUGAGCAACCCCCCAGCGUGGUCCAAGAACGUGGAAUACACCUUCACUGGGAUAUACACCUUCGAGUCCCUCAUCAAGAUACUGUCGAGAGGCUUCUGCAUCGACGACUUCACAUUCCUGCGCGACCCGUGGAAUUGGCUGGACUUCAUGGUCAUCUCCAUGGCCUACAUUACCGAGUUCGUGGACCUGGGGAACAUCUCUGCUCUCAGGACCUUCCGUGUCCUCCGUGCCUUGAAAACUAUCACCGUGAUACCAGGGCUGAAGACAAUCGUUGGGGCUCUGAUCCAGUCGGUGAAGAAGCUCUCAGACGUCAUGAUCCUCACCGUCUUCUGCCUCAGCGUGUUUGCCCUCAUCGGUCUCCAGCUCUUCAUGGGGAACCUCCGACAGAAGUGUGUGCGGUGGCCCCCCCCCAAUGACACCCUGCUAGGGGACUUUGGGCUGGAGAAUGACACAUUCGUCAACACAACGCUCUAUGGCAACUUCACUGAUGACAUCAUCAGCAACUUCACUGAUGGCAUGAUCGGCAAUUUCACCAGCAACUUCACCAGUAACAGCACCUUUGAUUUCGAGGCCUACAUCAACGAUGAAGCCAAUUUCUACUUUCUGGAGGGAGCGCUUGAUGCCCUGCUCUGCGGGAACAGCAGUGAUGCUGGGAAGUGCCCUGAAGGCUACCAGUGCAUGAAGGCGGGGAGGAACCCCAACUAUGGCUAUACCAGCUACGACACCUUCAGCUGGGCUUUCCUGGCCCUCUUCCGCCUCAUGACGCAGGACUUCUGGGAGAACCUUUUCCAGCUGACGCUGCGUGCAGCAGGGAAAACGUACAUGAUCUUCUUCGUGGUGGUUAUAUUUCUUGGUUCCUUCUACCUCAUCAACCUCAUCCUGGCAGUGGUGGCCAUGGCUUACGCAGAGCAAAACGACGCCACGUUGCUGGAGGAGCAGCAGAAGGAGGAGGAAUUUCAGCAGCUCAUGGAGCAGCUGAAGAAGCACCAAGAGGAGCAAGAGAGGAUGUUGCAGGAACGACGGUCCAGCAGCGGUUCCCUGCCCAGCAGCGUGGCCCAGGAGGACCAUGACUCGGACCUCAACAGUGACCAGGACAAGGCAAAGGACUGCAAUGGGCAAGUGGUCCCCAAGGUGGUCCUGGAGCGGUCUGCGACAGUGGUUGACUUCAACCCAACCAAUGAGCCAGAAAAAUCAGACCCCAACCACCUCACCGUGGGCAACCAAGAUGGGCCAGGCCUCGAGAAGAGGGUGGGGAGCGCCAUCAGUGUCAUCUCCAACGCUGUGGAAGAGCUGGAGGAAGCUCACCAGAAGUGCCCACCCUGGUGGUACAAAUUUGCCCACACUUUCCUGGUCUGGAACUGCUGUCCUCUGUGGGUGAAGCUGAAGGAAUUUGUCAAGAUGGUGGUGAUGGAUCCCUUUGUGGACUUGGGCAUCACUAUCUGCAUUGUGCUUAACACAGUCUUCAUGGCCAUGGAGCAUUACCCCAUGACAGAGGAGUUCGAGAAUGUGCUGACCGUGGGAAACCUGGUCUUUACAGGGAUCUUCACAGCGGAGAUGGUCCUGAAGCUCAUUGCCUUGGACCCCUACGAGUAUUUCCAGCAGGGCUGGAAUAUCUUUGACAGCUUCAUCGUCACUCUCAGCCUGGUGGAGUUGGGCCUGGCCAACGUGCAAGGGCUCUCCGUGCUCCGCUCCUUCCGCUUGAUGAGGGUUUUCAAGCUCGCCAAGUCCUGGCCCACCCUCAACAUGCUCAUCAAGAUCAUCGGUAACUCGGUGGGUGCCCUGGGGAACCUCACGCUGGUGCUGGCCAUCAUCGUCUUCAUCUUUGCUGUGGUGGGGAUGCAGCUCUUUGGGAAGAGCUACGUAGAAUGCGUGUGCAAGAUCUCCCUCGACUGCACGCUGCCCCGCUGGCACAUGAACGACUUCUUCCACUCCUUCCUCAUCGUCUUCCGCAUCCUCUGCGGGGAGUGGAUCGAGACCAUGUGGGACUGCAUGGAGGUGGCCGGCCAGACCAUGUGCCUCAUUGUCUUCAUGAUGGUCAUGGUCAUCGGGAACCUCGUGGUCCUGAACCUGUUCUUAGCUUUGCUGCUGAGCUCCUUCAGCGCCGAUAGCCUGGCGGCGUCCGACGACGAUGGAGAGAUGAACAAUUUGCAGAUUGCUAUUGGCAGGAUCACCAGGGGGAUCGACUUUGCAAAGGCAUCUCUGCUGACGCUGCUCCACAGGCUGUGGAAGGGGAAGAAGGUGGCCCCGGAGGAAGAGCAAGAGCACAGCAAGAGGGACAACUCUGUGUUAAACCACAUGGACACUGGCCAGGAGAUCAAGUUGGAGUACUUGGACGGAGUCGCUGGCAAAGAGCAUUUUUUCAUGGAUGAACUGGACCACAUGAAUUUCAUUAACAACCCCAACCUGACGGUGCAAGUCCCCAUCGCCUCGGAGGAGUCUGACCUCUAUGAGGAGACGAGCACCCAGUCUGAAGCUGAGGACAUCAAGAUUCCCCUCCCCAAUGACAACGCAUCAUCCGUGUGCAGCACCGUGGAUUACAAGCCCCCGGCGCCGGUGGAGGAGGAGGUGGCAGAAGAGGCUGAGGACAGCAACGAGCCUGAGGAGUGCUUCACCGAAGCCUGCGUGAAGAGGUUUCCCUGCCUCUACGUGGACAUCACCAGUGACAGAGGGAAGGUGUGGUGGAACCUCCGGAAAACCUGCUUCCGCAUCGUGGAGCACGACUGGUUUGAGACCUUCAUCGUCUUCAUGAUCCUCCUCAGCAGUGGGGCGCUGGCUUUUGAGGACAUCUACAUCGAACAGCGGAAGGUGAUACGCACCAUCCUGGAGUACGCCGACAAGGUCUUCUCCUACAUCUUUGUCAUCGAGAUGUUGCUCAAGUGGGUGGCCUACGGCUUCAAGGUGUACUUCACCAACGCCUGGUGCUGGCUGGACUUCCUCAUCGUGGAUGUUUCCCUUGUCAGCCUGACAGCGAACUGGCUGGGAUACUCCGAGCUGGGAGCCAUCAAGUCCCUGCGGACCCUGAGGGCUCUGAGACCACUGCGUGCCCUGUCCAGAUUUGAAGGCAUGAGGGUGGUGGUGAAUGCCUUGCUGGGCGCCAUCCCUUCCAUCAUGAACGUCCUGCUGGUCUGCCUCAUCUUCUGGCUGAUAUUCAGCAUUAUGGGGGUGAACCUCUUUGCGGGGAAGUACUACCGGUGUGUCAACACCACCACGGGGGAGCUCUUUGACAUCAGUGUGGUGAACAACAAGAGCGACUGCAUGGCCCUCCUCCACACCAACGAGGUCAGAUGGGUCAAUGUCAAGGUCAACUUCGACAACGUGGGCUUGGGAUACCUCUCCUUGCUGCAGGUGGCAACCUUCAAAGGCUGGAUGGACAUCAUGUACGCCGCCGUGGACUCUCGCGAGAUUGAAGAGCAGCCAGUGUACGAGAUCAACCUCUACAUGUACAUCUACUUCGUCAUCUUCAUCAUCUUCGGCGCCUUCUUCACCCUGAACCUCUUCAUCGGCGUCAUCAUCGAUAACUUCAACCAGCAGAAGAAAAAGUUUGGAGGCAAAGACAUCUUCAUGACAGAAGAGCAGAAGAAAUACUAUAACGCCAUGAAGAAGCUGGGCUCCAAGAAGCCGCAGAAGCCCAUCCCCAGGCCGUCGAACAAGUUUCAAGGGAUGGUGUUUGACUUUGUUACCAGGCAGGUGUUUGACAUAACCAUCAUGAUCCUGAUUUGCCUGAACAUGGUGACCAUGAUGGUCGAAACUGAUGAUCAAAGUGAACUCAAAACAUCUGUCCUCUACAAGAUAAACCUGGUCUUCAUCGUCAUCUUCACUGGAGAGUGUGUGCUCAAAAUGUUUGCCUUGCGUUACUACUACUUCACUAUCGGCUGGAACAUCUUUGACUUUGUGGUGGUCAUCCUCUCCAUCUUAGGUAUCGUCCUCUCAGACAUCAUAGAGAAGUACUUUGUGUCACCCACCCUCUUCAGGGUCAUCAGGCUGGCAAGGAUUGGCCGUGUCCUCCGGCUGAUCCGAGGGGCCAAAGGCAUCCGGACGCUCCUCUUUGCCCUGAUGAUGUCCCUGCCUGCCCUGUUCAACAUCGGCCUCCUGCUUUUCCUCGUCAUGUUCAUCUACUCCAUCUUCGGGAUGUCCAACUUUGCCUAUGUAAAAAAGGAGGCAGGGAUUGAUGAUAUCUUCAACUUUGAAACUUUUGGGAACAGCAUCAUCUGCCUCUUCCAGAUCACCACGUCGGCUGGAUGGGAUGGCCUCCUCAGCCCCAUCCUGAACAGCGGUCCCCCCGACUGUGACCCUGAGCUGGAAAACCCUGGCAGUUCGGUCAAAGGGGACUGUGGCAAUCCCUCCAUUGGCAUCUUCUUCUUCUGCAGCUACAUCAUCAUUUCCUUUCUCAUCGUGGUGAACAUGUACAUUGCCAUCAUCCUGGAGAACUUCAAUGUGGCCACAGAGGAGAGCAGCGAACCCCUCUGUGAAGAUGAUUUUGAAAUGUUUUAUGAAACUUGGGAGAAGUUUGACCCGGAUGCCACCCAGUUCAUCGCGUACAGCACCUUAUCUGACUUUGUAGACACCUUACAGGAGCCACUCAAAAUUCCCAAGCCAAACAAGAUCAAACUAAUCACCAUGGAUCUACCAAUGGUUGCUGGGGACAAAAUCCACUGUCUGGAUAUCCUCUUUGCCCUGACUAAGGAAGUGCUGGGAGACUCGGGAGAGAUGGAUGCCUUGAAGGCCACCAUGGAGGAGAAGUUCAUGGCUGCAAACCCCUCAAAAGUUUCCUAUGAGCCCAUCACCACCACUCUGAAAAGGAAACACGAGGAAGUCUGUGCCACAAAGAUCCAGAGGGCUUUCAGGAGGUACCUCCUGAGGCGCUCGGUGAAGCAGGCGUCCUACAUGUACAGGCACAGUAAGGACGAGGAGGCCCUGCAAGAGGACGCGCCCGAGAAGGAAGGUCUGAUCGCCACCAAAAUGCACGAGAUGUAUGGGAACAGUGGGACAGAUGUGGAGACAGCCCCUGCCUUUGGUCUUGCACCCGUUCCCAGCUCAGAGACUCAAGAUGCUCCUGGAGAAGCAGAAGGAUGGGAUAAGGAAUAUGUUGUGAAAGAGUCGCUGGUAUAACAGAAAGAGGCUUCCGCCUAAAAAAGACUUCAUUUGUAUCUCCUUUUCAAGAGCUCUUCCAUAUACAGAUCAAUAGAUCUUAGAUACCGAGCUAAUUUCAGAUAAUUCAAGCAGACACCUUAACUUUUGGAGCAGGAUCUCUCACUGAUCCUGGUUUUUACAGCUCGCCGCACUUGCAAAGAGUUUAAUAUUUUUAUUAUGAGAAUUAAAUGUGAAUUCUAUUGUUGGUGAAAGAGAAACAUUUUUAGUUUUGAAAUGAUCUCAUCAUGGCAACGAUGUUUUUCAGACGUUAACAAAUGAGUAUGGCUGUCCUUUUAUUUAAAGUAAUUAUUUAUUAAUGUUAUUUCACAAUUAAGAGAUUUUCUUGUAUAUUAUUCUUCCGGAGUGCAGACAAGUAGCCAGUGAAAGAUGAGCCAAGUGAAAUAAUAUUAAAAAUAAUUACAGAAAAGGCAAGGUUUUCUGAACAAAAAUCUCCAAUGUCUUAAAUUAGCACCUUUCUUUUGAACAUUUGAAUAAGCUUUAUGGAUUUUUUUUUUUUUUGUUAUAUACAGAGAAAGUGC